AUGGCUGCAGCUUCCGAGAGGAGAGAGCCGAGCGCGCCGCGUCCCGACGCCCGGGCGCGUAUCCUGCCGCAGUGCACAAAGAGUCCCGCCACAUCACCGUGCGCCGGCCAGCCCGCCCCCUCCGCCGCCCCGCCGGGAGAGCCGGGCGCCCGCCGAGCCGGAGGGGAGGCGGGAGAGGCGAGCGGGAGGCGGGCGCCGAGCCGGGGGAGCGAGGAGGGGAGGGGCGCCGCGCAGCCCGCCCGGGGCCGCCGCCGCCGCCGGCCCGGGCGCAGGGACCCCCGGCGGGAGGUAGGGCUGGGCGCCGCGGGGAGGGCUCGGGGACCUGCUCACGGGCGCGCCGGGGCAGCUGGACCCGUUGCCCCGGGAGCCUCGGGCGCGGGGCCCUGCGGCGGGGACACCCUUCCUGCCUCCGUCCCCCGGUCCGGUCGGGACGGCUGGCGUCCCCUGCCCCGCGCCGUGGCCACCCCUCCCCGUGGUGGGCGCUAUGAAAACCCGGCAGGAUUGGGUCGCGGUGUGCCUAGGUUCCGUCCCGGCGGGGUCGUGCACGCUCCGGACUCGGCUAGCGAGCCCCGGUGUGGAGCCCCGGACGGUCGGAAGCUGCAGCCUGCGAGUGGGCGGGGCGAGCGGGCCUGGGAGGGCCCAAACGCGAGGUGGAAGGAUACACGGGCCUUUGUCGGAACUACUUUCAGGAGAAGGUCACGUGUGGUCCUAGUUGGGGAACUUUCCAAAUUCCCAUUCCCCUCUCUGCGUGCUCCUGAGGCGGGAGGUCGUCCCUCCCUGCUCUAUGGGUGCUCCCUGCGGUGUGGGCAGCUGGAUCCCCGCUCUUCCCGGGUCGGGGCGGAGGAAGCACCCACGAGCGGUCCUCCGGAGCGCUGUCGGGGCCAGCGCCUGGGGAGCUGGUUACACAAGCACCCACAUCCUAGCACGUGCCCCCGCCACCCCUCUCUGCUGGCCGCCGCCGGUUUGUGCACGCUGACGCGGAGAGUCCCCAAGCUGUUCCUCACUUUGGCUUGCAAUCCGUGGAGCGAGCCAGAAGGCCGGGACAAGACCCUCCUGCUCUGGAUCUGCCCACGCCGCGCGUUCCCAGCCGUGGGAGAAGAGGCCGGGCCCUAGGGGGUCUGACGCAUCUCCUUCGCUUAAUGAGGUGAACCCUUUCUAGAGCUGUACUCGCGGGGCCAAAGGGUAUCAUCCUGUUGCUGCUGGCUGCUUGGGCUUACCGGUGUUGCAACAAACUUCCAGUCACUGCCCCUGAACUGGUGAGCGCGCCCCACCUACUGUAGACUCAGCCAGGUGACUUUAUCUGAGCACCUAGUCAAUGGCUGUCAGCCCAGAACCAACCUGUCAAGUUAAAGCUUACUGCCGGGAUUGGCUGACCUGUCGCGGUUGAGAGAGCUGGUUCAGAAAGGCUGAUAACUGGAGCCCCUCCUCCUCCCCCGGCCAGCCAGCCACAAAGCAAGCGAUCACCUUGAGCUUGGAGAAAAAUGACAUCAACACCAGUGUAGGGAUUUCUUCCUUUCUCAGUUCUUUGCCCAGAGGACUUAGUUCUCAGGGCGACAAUUUGAAUCCUAAAGUAUCUGACUUGAGACCUAAGCUGAAGCACUGGGUCAUUUUAGAAAUUUGAAGAAUAGUAAUCAGCUAUCAUGGGUAUUGCAGUAAUUGCGAGUAGGUGUCUAGGAAGGCCAGCCGAGGGUUUAUGAAGUAUAGGAGAAAGAAAAUUGCGUAUGGGCACUGCAUAGUUGCAGGCAGCCCCUGAAGCCUAGAAACCUCAAGAGGCCAGGCUCAAAGAGCCACGGGCCAUUACCUAGCUCCAGGACUGCUAAUUAAACCAGGGAUAUUUACAGUUCUAUUAAGAGCUUUCUGAGGCUACUCAAACCUUGCAUUUGGAUGCAUCCUUUUGAGAUCUCUCCGCAGGAGUUAGCCCUGGCUGUUGAUGUUGAUUGCAGGCUGUUCUUGUGCACGGUUCUGGUCAGCUGAGGGAGGCAGGGCCACUAAAGAGAGCAAUCUGAAAACAAUAGAGAAAGGCCUCCAUUUGCUUCCUAAAGAUGUAAGUAAAUCUUGCUCUCGUAGCCGAGUCUUAGGGAGAUCUAUUUUACACUCAGGUGUUAGGUGAGAUGCACGGUAAAAACCUAAGCUGUGCUCAGUGGAGUGUCUACCACUUAGUGGGGAACAUAAGGAUGAAGUUACAUCAAGAGAAGCAGGUUGAGGAGGGGAAAAUGGCCCACAUUUGUCCCUCUCCCCAGGGUCCCUGUUACUAGCAUCUCUGCCUUUUGCUCUUCCCCGGAGCCAUCUUGUGUGACAUUAGUCUGAAUGUCUAAGGAGUGUGGAAAUCUUCCUUCUACAGAAAAAGAAAGGCAUUCAUUCCUAAGCUUCCCAAUGCUGGGCUGGGGAAAAGGAUUCUUUUCUGUCCCCAGAGCCUCACUCGAUGCCGGAGCACAGGGAUGUGUGUACUUCACAUUGCUGGGCUGCUGGAACACGACCCCAGCCCACAAACACUUGCAAGUGAGGGAAGAGAGCUGGAAAGCAGUUAGUCGCUUCCCUGCAUGUCAGGUUCCUCUACUCUGCAGUGGUCAAUGGGUAGAUAACCAGUGUUGGCAGGUGCUGGCCAGGCUGACAACAUCAGGUCUUGUUAGGCAUUUCCGAUACAUCCCCCUUUCCUUUCACAGCAUUAAAUACGUUUCUGAAGGAAAUACCGACAUAGCCUCCACUCAAAGGAUGUGAGUAGGCCAGGAGGGAAAAUGUCCAAAUAGCAAUAAAAAAAAAAAAAUUUAGGUUCAAAUGAAAAUGUAUCCCCUUGGCUGUACAGAUAUUACAAUACACUGGUUUCCAAGCACUUCAUUUCCUUACCUGUCUGGAUUCAAAACACUCUAGGGAGAAACAGAAGCUUAUAACAAAGGGAGAAUUAUGUAAAGCUCCAGGGAGACUUAACUAUAUAGAACAAUUAGAGAGUAUGAUAAACCAGCUUUAAUUGUAGUUUCUAACAGCUGAUUCCAAAACUGUGUUCCUGUUAUACCCAGAAGAUGUCUGAGGAAAAUUCUUGGUUCCUUUUAUAAGGGGGACAGCAAGAACUGGAUGUGGAUAGUAUGAAUAACUGAUGUGCUGGUGUAGCUCUGCUAAAGCAUCCUGUGUGAGCACUCCACAGCCGCCGUUCCUUUCUCCUUUCCCGCACCUCUGACCCUUCAACAAGUAAGCUUUAAUUUUUAAGCAAACGUCUCUAUUUUUACCUGAAGAGCAUUUUCUAAAUAAUAGAAAAUAAUGGACUGGAUAACAUAAUUGGCUUUGAAUUUAAACUGCCCCGUUCUGUGGUUCUGAAGGCUUUCCUCUUGUUUGUUCUGUUAUUUGUUCUUUUAGUUUUUAGUUUUAAUUUACAUUUAUUUGUUGUUGUGUGCAAGAACAUGGUAGUUAGCAAAUGUGCACAGGCCAUGGCAUAUUCGCGCAUGUCGGAAGACAACUUGCAAGGGUCUGUCCUCUCCUCUCUCCACAUAGCUUCUGGGGAUCCAGCGCAGGUUCUCGGGUUUGAUGGCACACACCUUUACCCAUGAAUGUUCUUUUAAACACCAUUUGCUCAGACUUUCUCCAGAAGGCCCUGUUAUGAGUCAUACAAACACUGUAUUCCAAGAGAAAAGUUCAACUGACUGUAAGCUUUCCAUUCCCUAAACCUCUCCCGAAGCUUUUGCAAAUGGUACUCUGUCACCUUUCAUGUGUCAGGAAAGAGAUGUUCUGAAUGGAAUCGUUGGUCUCAGGCAAAGCGAGACUGAACUGGGUGUUCCCGGGAGACCACAGAGCCGAACAGCCUUUUGUUGCGCCUAUGUGGCACUCAGAAACUGUCACUCAGGGAGUGACGUGCAAGAAUUUUAUUUCUGUUCACUUUGGCUGCUGGAUCUUUUGCUUUGGUCUUAACUCAUGCUGUAGCCCUAUGGGACAUAGUUUAGCACUUUUAAUAAUAGGAACUGAAUGUUUCAGAGGAGCCCACAUUUUGGAGUGCCAUUGAAAGGAAAUCAAGAUCAACAGUGCUUCUAGGUAACAUUUGAAAGGAGGAGUACCUUUUUUGAAAGAGAAAACAGACAAAGUCUGCUUAAAUUAUCCUCAUGGUGACAGGGUUCCUCAUCUCCAUUCUUUCAGUGAUUCAGUCAACAAACACUUGGGACUGUUAGGUGCUCCUACUGUCCUAAACUUCAUGCAUAGAGUGGUGGCUGGCCAGUGGGGUCCAUAUUCGUUAGGAUGACUUAGCUUUGGGAACUUGAAUUCUUGGCUUGAAAACUGUUCUUCACAGGGCACAAAGUCAAGUUAACCAUGCCAAGGCUUGAUAACUGAGUCAAGUAUCUAUUGCUUCACAACAAAUCACAGUAAAACCCAGAGACUUGAAGCGACCAUCAUUGUUUCUCCGAAGUUCUUGGGGAAGGGAUGGCUGGGCAAUUCUUUUCCCCACUGAUGUGAUGAAGGGAAAAGAUAUGUUCUGUUCUGCUAAGGGUUUGGCUGGAUCUGCAAUGUCCAAGGUAGUUGCACCUACAUGUCUAGGAACUUAGCUGGGGUAGCCAAAAUGACUGAGGGCCUCGCUGUCCUCAGGUGGGUGCUCCAAAAGUGAGCCCAUAACUUGGCUAUUGUGAAGAGUAUGGGUGCUGUGUCUCCCUGUGCAGCCAUCUGGAUCUUUAUCUCAAGGGCAUACUGUAUAGUUGGCCCCUGAGACCAUUUCUUAUCUGAGACUCUCGAUAACUAAAGAGACACUCCUAACCCCCUGUAUUUCCUCGGGAAAACUCAUGUUUAUUUCUGAGACAGGUUUCCAUCUAUCCCAGGCUGCCCUGGAACUCACUGUAGCUGACAGUGAUCUUGAACUUCUGAUUCUCCUGCCUCCACACCCAGAAAUGGUGUAUGUAUUGAGAGGAUGGAGAAACAGAUGUUGGUGAUUGUGUUCCACAGUAAUCAGAAUCCUCUUCCUAGAAACACAGCUGUCCACCGUCCUUUGGUCAAGUGAAGCCUGCUGAGAGUUGGCCUCACUGAAGAACGGUCACUGUCAGUAGAUAGUUUGAUCAGCCACUGAAUAUUUUCAAUUGUUUUCUGUUCUGUUCCUUAAUCUGAUCAUUUCUUAAUUUAGCACUUACCCUAGGGUUAAUAUAUUUUUCAAAGUAUUCAUUAAAAUUCAAUGACAUAAAAUUAAGACAUAUACAAACGGAGAUAAGUAUGUUUAUCUAAAUGACAGAAAACAGAAUAAACAAAGGUCCAAAAAGGAAGGGAGAGCAUUUCAGAGAGAGAGACUAUGUCUCUUUAUUUGUUUCUUUUUUUGUUUUGUUUUUGAGACAUGAUUUCCCUGUAUUUCACUAGCUGUCCUGGAACUCUCUGUAGACCAGCUCACCUCAAACUCAGAGAUCUGCCUGCCUCUGCUAGGAUUAAAGGCUUUUGCCACCACCACCCAGCUAUAGAAGAUUUUUUACACUGAUCAUUUUUUGUUUUCAUAAGGUAAAAAAAAAAAGCUAUUUCACCUAAUAAAAUUAAAGCUAAAAAAUGUUUAUUAUCAAAAGAAUAUCAAAUAACCAGGAAGGAAGAUCAACUCUAAUUUCAUUUUUAAAUAAAUGAGCUCACUAAGAAAUUUCCAGCAUUUGAGCCUAAAGUCUGCUCAGUGACUGCCAAAAAUGCUAUCUGGGAAAAUAUACUGUGUGCUACAGGGAUGCCGUGUGCUAUAGAGGUGCUGUGUGUGUUAUAUGAGCUCUAUCUUAUUCCAAGUAUCCUCUCCCCCUACAUCAUCUGCUUCAAUUUGGUUUUUGACUCUUUGUAUUACUUAACAAUGUUCUGCUUGAAACAUUUUCUCUUUUUUUUUAAAUGAGUUAUUUUUAUCUUAUUUAUGUAUAUUUUUGUCUUAUGUAUGUAUCUUAUGGUGUUCUGCCUGCUUGUAUGUGUGUGACAGUGUCAUAUCCCCUGGAACUGGAGUUACAGAGAGCUAUGAGCGAGCUCCCAUGUGGGUGCUGGGAAUUGAACCCCGGUCCUUUGGAAGAGCAGCCAGUGCUCUUAACCACUGAGCCUUCUCUCCAGCCCCAUAAGUCAUUUUCUUUUUCUCUAAAAAUAGUUGUAUUUCUGCAGCAGCACAGCCUUCUUCCAUCCUACAUGGUGGCAGACUGCUCUGUGAUAUAAGGAUGGAAGAUGGAGAAGUCUCAAAGACCCUGCAUUGUACAAGCGAAGAAACUAGGACCAGUGGUUUAACAUAUUCCCAUUAUAUAAGAGUCAGUGACAGACAGUUACAAGCCUGGGAAGUUUCCAAAUACCUUUGCAGUAAAACAAAAAAAAAUGGGCAAACACUUAACUUCUAUGCUAACGUGAGCAAGUUAACACUGCGAGGUUUGACUAGAGAUGGCUUUUCCUGGCAUUCCAGCUCUAGAAUUGGACAGGUGAUAUGGAGAAAAGAUGUGAUCUGCGUUCCUGGUCUGCCCUAUGUAGCCUGAAGUUAGUUUAAAGGAUGAGGCCCCUAAGAAUUCAACGUGGAAACAUGAAUUGCCUCAUCGUAAAGUUACAGUUCCUCAGUUUUGAAGAUCAUUGGAAAAGUAUUCUCCAAGUGUACGAGGAAGGCACAUAUCAGUGAGGACUGUAAAAAGAAGAGGAGUGAAGAAAAAAAGAAAAGAAGGGGUCAUGAGAAGAACGAUCUUUGGAAGGAAACACUGAACUUCACCAAAGAACAAAGGGAACGCUGCCACCUGCUGAGGGGUUGGAGUCCAUGAGCGUGCUGCCACCAUCUCUGCUCCAAAGGCCAGGGAAGAGGGUUUAAUCUUAGCUGUCAGCGACCUGCUUGUGCUAGGCUAAGAUAGUAGCAGCCUGCUUCCUUACCUCUUUUUCCACCAGUAUGUAUGACUGUUACCUUUUUAUUUCCACCCCCAAAACUAGAUACCACAAGACCAAGGCAUUUAUUCAAGUAUUACAUGCAUGUGGGUAAAAGUCUCCAGUGACUCACCAUUCCUCCCUAGAAACAGAGCUCUCUUUCCACACUGGUUCUUUAUAUUUCUUCCUCUUCUGUUGUGUACAAAUAUCCGUAUAUAAGGCACCUUUAAUCUCCCACUCAGCAGUGCAGAGGCAGGUGUAUCUCUGAGUUCCAGGCCAGCCUGGUCUACUUGGUGAGUUCUAGGACAGAGCCAGAACUACAUAGUGUGAUCUUGUCUCAAAAACAAACAAACAGCAAAACUCAGCACACACACACACACACAAUUUGUAAGAGAGGCCAGAGGGAACAGCUGCUGUACCUUUAAUCGUUUUUGUUUCAUUUCCACAUCCACUUUCCUGUUUUCAUGCCUUCUCUCUUGCCUACCUAUCCCUCCAUUCUUUAUCCUUCUAUUUUCGGGAUGCCAUUAUGCUGUUGUUUGGUGCCCUUUGAUUUUCCCAUCAUAUGAACAGAAUACCGUUUGUUUGUUUGUUUUACUUUUAUGAGAUAAGGUUUUUCUGUGUUGUCCUGGCUGUCCUGGAACUUGCUAUGUAGACCAGGUUGACUUCAGACUCACAGAGAUCCACUUGCCUCUGCCUCCCAAGUGCUGGUAUCUUUAAUUUUUUCAACCUGACUUUGCUACCUAGUCAUAGACUAUUAAUGAGUUCCAUGGUUAUACUAAAUAACAGCUGAAAGCACCUAUAGACCUUUUCCAGUUCAGGAAAUUUUUGCUUUUUCUUUUAUUAAAACAGUGUGUCAGGAUCCAUAAAGUAAGUUUGUAAGGUACAUUAUUCCCACUGUAACUGAGGUUUCUGUGUCUGCUAAGAACCUCACAAAGAACACUAUUGAAAAGCCUAAUGUUGUCAGACCCAACUUAGAAAUUCUGUCUCUUCUAAAUACAGUAAAAAGACAGUUUUCUUUUGUGGAUCUUGGCUACUGAGUUAAUUGUAUAUUAUUAAUAUGUUCUUGUGGCCUUGUUAUUUGUAAGGUACAAGAGUGUCUGCAUUUCAAAGCUUGUGUAUUUUACAGUACUGAGCAUUAAACGGUCAACUUAGCUGUUAACUGCUUAACUUUUCCUGCAAUUUGAAUUUGGCAUAUUCAAGUUUCUACAUCUAUUCAUUAUCCUUCUGUGACAGGGUCUUGCUGUGUAGCCCAGGCUGUCUUUGGUUUCAUGAUGCCUCUUCCUCUGGGCUGGGAUUACAGGUAUGAGCUACCACAUCCACCUAAACUUUCUGUCUGAGCUGUAUCUGAAUGAAACGCUCCUGUCUUACAAAAACCCAUCAUACUGAUUUUGGGGGGAAAAUACAUUUAUUUUGUAUGCUACUUUAGAAAUGUACUGUUCUUUUCAACUAUAUACAGAAAUUUGAGAACCCCUUCCCCCAUUUUUUUUUCCCAACAUCAAUCUCCUUUGACAGUAUCCUCGGUUUGAGUCUAUAUCUUAAGUUAGGCCAAGAAAUCUUGACCCUGGUUCUCCAAGACUGCAGAAUACUUCUAAUAACCUUCUCGUGCCAGACAUCUGUUUGCUUUGCAGUUUAAAAAGGACAAAGAAGGACUUUAAAGUAUUUGAGCUUUGGGGUACAGUGUUAAGUGAAUUAUAGUGCCAUCUUUUCCCCUUCGUGUAGAGGACAUCUUUAAAAAAAACAAACAUGGGGGCUGGAGAGAUGGCUCUGAGGUUAAGAACACUGGCUGUUCAAAGGGGUAAGUUCAAGGCCCACCAACCACAUGGUGGCUCAUAGUGAGAUCUGGUGCCCUCUUCUGGUGUGUAGGCACACAUGCAGGCAGAAUGCUAUAUAAAUAAUAAGUCUUUUUAAAAGAAACAAACAAACAAACAUGGAACUCACAAAUAGAAAGACUUACAGAGGUUGUCAUAAGCCCUAGAAAUUAAUUAAGUGCCUCACAGAACUCUGAAGGGCUGUCCCUUAACAGUCACCAGUUAUCUGAAUAAAGGCAUGACAGGGCUGCCCAAAAAUUGAAGAUAUGAGGGCUAGAGAGACAGCUCAGCAGUUAAGAGUACUCACUCCUCUCUUGGAGGACCUGCCUCCAGUUCCAGCACCCAUGGAGGCAGCUCACAUCUGUUACCUCCAGUCCAGGUGAUCCAGUGCUGCCUUCUGGUCUCCAUGGGCAUUGUACGCAUAUGGCACACACACAUAUUCAAGAAAAACACCCAUAUGCCUAAAAUAAAUGAAAUAUAUACAACUUAAACGCAUGGUUUCCAAAGCAACUGUUCCCAGGUCUUGAGAAGCACAACAGUGAGACAGCAGCACCAGCCACUCUGAGUAGGAGCAUCAGCAGUGAGAAACAAUGCUCCGACUGUUACGGGCAGCGCUUCCGUAUCUUUAACUGUCACGGGCACUUGCUCCUACACCCUGUCUUCCUAAAAACCAGUCUAGUGGUUUUCCUAGCUCCCUGUCCAUCUCCUCUUUCACAGGAGCAGGUUCUCCCACUUAAAAAGAGAAGGCAUCUGAAUGCUGAGACAAUGGACAGUGAACUGUACCCUGGAGCUCUGCAUCUGUGCAUUCAGCCAAAACAUAGGCCAAACAUACCUCAGGAAAAAAGUGACCUCUAUUCUGAAUAUGUAUAGACUGUUUCUAAAUGUUAUUCUCUAGAACAAGUGUAACAACUACUUACGUAGCAUAGCGUGUACGUUGUAUUGGGUGUUACAGUUAAUCUGUAAAUGAUUUACAUGGAGCUCUAAAUACAGGCUAGAUGGAAAUUCUGUAUAUAUGGGCCAUGAGCACUCACAUUUGCUGGAAUGGAGAGCGUGGUCCCAGAGACAAACCCCCAUGGAAAGGACUGUACUCUGAAGUGUAAAACCUGGAAGGAACUAAGGAGAAAAAUCUAAUGAAAUUAGUAGUGGGAAACGGAAUGAUUUUUUUUUUACUAACAAAUUCUUUUGAAAGCAAUUUUUUUUUCUGAUAAAUUGAAGAAGAGUUUAUUCAAAUUGUCCAUUGAUAAGUUAUUGAAACUAAAACCAUGUGAUGUUAGAAAGUGAUUUGGAAAGUUUUGAAAUAAGUGAGUGGAAUAACAAAGCAUUUCCUUCCAUCACCAUCUACCCAUAUUAUGAAUACUGCUACCCAGUGUUCAUAAAAUAGGCGAUCUGUUGCCAGCCUUGACUCCUUAUAGAAAUAGACAAGGUUCAUGUAUGACAUAUAAUCAAUUUUUAAAGCCCUACUGAUCAUUGUCAGCCAUAGGGCAAUGAUCACCUAUAAUAUUAGCAUUCUAUACGGGUUAUAGCACCCACAAGUUUGAGGUCAUUGGAACCUGCAAAAUGAAUUCCAGAACAGCCAGGGUUACAUAGCAAGAACCUAUCUCAAAAUAAUGUGAUAAUAAAUGUGAUAAUAAUAAUAAUAACCCAACAUUUAAAAGUUAUAAUUUAUCAAUUAGAUAUUAAAACAAUAAUACGGUAACUCAGAAUUUUUAACACAUGGGAGCAUUGUGGUUAGGAACGUUUAACAAUUUGUUUUAGUUUGGAGAUUUUUAAGGAGGAGUCUCUCUUUGGAGGAUAACGGUGAGUAUCAAAUCACUGUGAUAUUUACAUCCUGUUGUGUACAUUUAAUAGUACUACUUUUGGGGGGCAUGGUAGCUCACACAUGUAAUCUCAGCAGGAGAAUCAAGAGUUCAAGGACAUCCUCCAUUACACAGCAGUUUCAAGGCCAGCCUGGGCUACAAGAGACAUUGUCUCAAGAGAAAAAAAAACAAAACAAAACAAAUGUUACUUCUAAAUGUUAAUGUUAGGGCUAGAAUGUUUGCUCAGUGGCUCAGAGUGUAAACGGCUCUUGCAGAGGACCUGAUGUAGAUUCCCUGAAGGCAUGCCUGGUGGCUUAUAACUGCCUUUAACUCCAGCUCCAGGAAUAAAGCCUCUGACCUCCACAGUCACAUGAACCCAGGUACACAUACUCAUGCAGAGACACAGAAUUCUAAAAACAAACAAAAAAACUGUAAAUGGAAUGAAUAGUUUUUCUUUUUUAGUUUUUGUUUUUGGGGGGCAUUCUUGGCUACACUGGAACUCAGUCCCCUUUGAGUGCUAGGAUUAAAGGUAUGUGGCACCACUGCUUUUAAAAAAAUUUUUAACCUGGUUUAGAAAAUAAUUUUCAAAAUAUUCAAAUGUCUGAGUACAUUUCCCUAAAUAGAAAGAGAAGGGUAAAAUUAAUGUCAGUAGGUAAGGAAUGUUGUUGCUUUUGAUGAACAUUGUGCUUUUUUGUUCUUACAGGAGGCAAUUCCUGAAUCGAUCUGGAUUGCCACAAAAUCAGUUCCUUGGUAGGGAUGGUGUUUGCUUACUUCUUCAUUGAAUGUUGGCUAGAUUGCUGUCCAUCCUUCCUACUUGUGCCGGUUAGAUUUUUGUCAACUUGACACAAGCCAGGUUCAUCUGGGAAGAGAGGAUCUCAACUGAGAAAAUGCUUCCUUUGGAUUUGACCUACAGGGUAAUGUUUGAAAUGAAAGAUUGAUGUGGGAGGGAUUAACCCACUGUGGACAUUGCCAUCCUGGGCAUGGAUUUGUGUUAGGAAGCAGGUUGACUGAGCCCCUGGGAGCAAGUCGGUAAGCAGCAUCCCGCCGGGGCCUCUGUGUGGAUUUCUGCCCUGACUUGCCUCAGGAUUGACUGUGAUCUAAGAUGGAUAAGCCAAAUAAAUCCUUUCCUCCCCAACUU